ACCCUCCUCCUCCUCCCCCAUUGAGUGUGUAAAUGGUCACAUGUUGUUUCCCCUCCCCAGUCCGGACACCAGCACGAUCAGAAGCAGCAGCAGACAUGUGUUAUUUAUCGCUCAGCCGUGGGGGAAGCAAGAGGACGAUCGAAGCGUAAAAACAGAAACUAACGUCGAGUGUCCUCCAAUUCUUCUUCCUCCUCGUAAGUGUUUAAAGAGUAGAAUGGCGAGUCCGCCGAGCGAUGCCGGACCCCAACUACCGGCCGCCGGCGUGAAGAAGUGCGGCUAUCUGAGGAAGCACAAACACGGCCACAAGCGAUUCUUCGUACUCAGGGAGCCCGGCGAGGGCUGCCCUGCCCGGCUGGAGUACUACGAGAGCGAGAAGAAAUGGAGAAACAAGUCUGCUGCCAAGCGGGUCAUCCCGCUGGACUGCUGCCUGAACGUCAACAAGCGAGCGGACGCCAAACACAAAUAUCUCAUCGCGCUCUACACCAAGGACGAGUACUUUGCCGUGGCCGCCGACAGCGAGAGCGAGCAGGAAGGAUGGUACCGGGUGCUGACGGAUUUGAUCGCGGAGGGGAGAGUGUUCGACGGGUCGGCGUCCAACUCCGCGUCCUCGCUGGUGGGGUUCGACGAGACGAGCUACGGCGUGAUCACGCCGGUUAGCGCUGCCUACAAGGAGGUAUGGCAGGUCAACAUGAAGUCCAAAGGCUUGGGGCAGAGCAGGAAUCUAACUGGAGUGUACAGACUCUGCUUAUCCAGUCGGACUAUCAGUUUUGUAAAACUCAACACGGAGGUGGCCUCGGUCAUUUUGCAGCUGAUGAACAUCCGGAGGUGCGGCCACUCUGACAGCUUCUUCUUCAUCGAGGUGGGUCGCUCUGCAGCCACCGGACCCGGCGAGCUUUGGAUGCAAGCAGAUGAUUCUGUCGUGGCGCAGAACAUCCACGAAACCAUCCUGGAAGCUAUGAAAGCAAUGAAGGAGUUGUCUGAAUUCCGCCCUCGCAGCAAAAGCCAGUCAUCGGGUACCAACCCCAUCUCCGUGCCCACGAGGCGGCACCUGAACCACCUUCCCCCCAGCCAGACCGGUCUACUCCGGAGGUCGCGCACUGACAGCAUGGCCACAACCUCACCUGUGGGUAAAUUCUCCUCUUGUCGGAUACGCACGGCCAGUGAGGGCGACGGCACCAUGACACGCCCUAUUUCGGUGAACGGGAGCCCCCUCAGCCCGGGGGUCCGCCGCACCCUCCUGAGCAGGUCUCACACCAUCACGGCACGCCCAUGUCGGACGUUUGAAUCCUCUUCCCUGCAACACAGUAAGUCCAUGUCCAUGCCGCUGUCUCAUUCCCCGCCGAUGACCGCCCCCAGUCUUGUGAGCCUGACCUCGUGUCCAGAUAACAGCGCACCUCGUCCCUCCAGCUGUAGUGCCUCUUUUUCGGGCUCCCCGAGUGACGCCGGUUUCAUAUCGUGUGAGGAGUACGGCACGAGCCCCGCGGACGCACGCGACCUCCGGCUGCCUCUCACGUACGGGAGCAACACCCCAGAGUCUCUCAGAGCUGACACUCCUCCCUCCCGGGAUGGCAGCAGGCUCGAUGGCUACAUGGUGAUGGAACAGCCGAACCAGAAUGGCUAUCGAUGGUACUCGGAGUUGGACAAGGCUUAUCGAAAACGUACAUACUCUCUGACCACCCCCCGGCAGCAGAGGUGUCUCCCUCAAGUGUCUUCGGCCUCCCUCGACGAGUACACGUUAAUGAGGGCCACUUACACGAGUGGAAGCCAGUCUUCUCGCCGAUGUCUCACAGCCUCGCCUAAAGGAACCUUUCCAGAUGAGUACAGGGAUGUCCGGACGGGACCAAACUGUCUCCAGGGCGAUAGUGGUUACAUGCCUAUGAUGCCGGGCGUGGCACCUCAUACAUCAGGUGCAAAGAACGACCCCUACAUGCCUAUGAGCCCCAUGUGUGUCUCUGCUCCGAAGCAGAUCAUCAACCCCCGAUCGCACCCCUCCUCUGCAGCAGGGCUGGGCCCGCAUACUGUCUCCCCAGGCAGCGUUUCCCUCGAGGACAACGGCUACAUGCGCAUGUGGUGCGGAAUCAAAAUGUCAAUGGAAAGCACUGACGGAAAGCUCACCAACGGAGAGUACCUGAACAUGUCUCCCGGUGACCACACGCCUCGAGACCACCACAUCCUUAGUUCUUCUGGAGGAGAGCAACAACACAGACAGCCUUAUUCUUAUAGCACGCUGCCACAUUCACUUAAGGGCCAAUUGCAGCGCAACGGGUCCACUGACACAGACCAAUACGUGGUGAUGUGUUUGCAGAAGCAGCGGAUCGAAGAGGAGUCCAACUACUGCCCUGUGACUUUGGGAGACUCUGUGACACCGGGCACCCCUUCAUCUGCCCCUUCUCCUCUCAGAGACGGUGGAGUUCUGGCGCACAGGAGUAGGGUGUGUCGUCCCACCCGCCUGGCUCUAGAUUCUCUCAGAACCUUACCAUGUAUGAGUGAACACCCGCUCCCCUCUGAGCCACGCAGCCCAGGGGAGUAUAUUAACAUCGACUUCAGCAAUGCUUCCACUGACGCGGUGGAAUCCGCUGAAGCCUCAAAGUGUGCAGAUGAGGGAUCGAUACCACUUUCGGACUAUGUUAACGUGGACCUCGCCUCGCCCAAGACUGUGAGUUUGAACCGGGAGGAGGAGGAUGGCGAAGGCGUAGAGGGACAGGAAGAGGUGAGAGGCGUGGUGGAUGAAUAUCCUCUCCAGCAUCACACAAGUCUGGCGUGUCAGCCGACUGCCGUCAAAGACGACUACACCGAGAUGACACUCGGUCCUCUCUGCGCCACCGACAAUGACCCUGUCCCGACCAGCCCGACCGCCUGUGUCCAUAGACUGAGUCUUGACAGCAGCCUUGUGGCGGACGGAGUACCAGCGGUGCCCGUGGAUUCUUUUCUCCUCAAUGGACCUUCGCUGAAUGUCCCCCUUGCAGAUCCACAUCGGGGGGCCAAAGUCAUUCGCGCUGACCCUCAGGGACGCCGGCGACACAGCUCCGAGACCUUCUCUUCUACUACCACUGUCACACCGGUGUGCCCAUCCUUUGCCCACGACACCAAGCGCCACAGCUCGGCCUCGGUGGAGAACGUCUCCCAUGGCGUGCGGGACUCGGAGGGACCCGAUGAGGACUACGGCGGCGGCACCCCGAUGUGCAGGGAGACGUCCGCCGGCUAUCAGAAUGGACUCAACUACAUUGCCUUAAACUUGAUGGAGGGUACUCUCGGUGGGUGCCGGUUAGGGGGCUGUGAUGGACUCUUGAGAUUCAAGACUGCCUGUGGCUGCAAAGGUGGUAUGAAUGGCUUCAACUCCAGCCCCUACGCCAGUUUGGGAUUCAAGGAGACGACUGCUGCUGCUGUGAAAGAAUGAAGACCACUGGCUCAGCCCCCCUCCCCCUUUCCUCUUCCCCUGGCCGUCAGGUUGGUCCGCCGCCUCCAUGUGAUGACGUCGUCUCGGCAACAGCUGGACUGCGGGCUGCCACCCACAUGUCCUUUGACCCUCGCCGCCAUCCCUCCGAGGUCACGGAGGCGACAGUCACCACGGCAACACGGACACUUGACCUUUGGCCCCAAAUCUUCCCUUGGCACCAAAACAAUGAGGCGCCAUCCAUUGAUGCUGCUGGACUAAAUGACUUAAAGAAACAAACUGUCGUACCAACUAUUAACUCUUGGUAACCAUUUUAUUUAUCUGCGAAAUGACUACACAAGUUAUUAUAUCUUGUUGGAUAUAUAUUAUUUUGGUUACCGAUAAUAACAGAGUUUGAACUGGUGGUCUCACCUGAGAAGACACCAAACUUGGAGAUCACAUGCACACACAUGCAGAAAAAAAUGCAUACUAAAUAUUUAUUUAUUUAACGUGGAUGUAUGCAUUUGGCAAAACCUUUUCCAAAUGUGUGAAUUUCUAUAAAGGUGGCAUUUAGGUACAUAUUUUAAAAAAAAAAAGUUUGCUUAAGAAAAACCUACCUCAACAAAACAAACAAAAACAGGUUGGUUAAACCCCCAUUAGUUGAUAUAUGAAAUAUUUAUUUUUUAAAACUUUUUUUUUUUAAGAAAAUCACCAAUCCAAAGCCUUACUCUCGCCCGAUGGGCUGUUUCGUCUGGACCUAGCAACCCUCCACAACUGAACCGAUCCGCAAAGAAUGAGCCACUCUGAGAUUUCCACGGUACAUUUAAGACAAGAUGAUGUAUGAAAGAUGUCUAUUUAUUCACCCGGCGGGGGGCGGGAUGGAAGGAUUUUCUAUCCUUGCGUUCUUGGAGAGCGAUGAUGUCACGCUCAAACACCGCUGCACCACCCAGGUACAUCUGUGGCCUGUCUGAGCCAAAGUCACAACACUUUGGACCUCUUCACCUGUAGUCCCCUGCAUACCCGCCCACGCCGCCUGCAGGAAGUUGUGACAAAAUGGAAUGUUUGAAGUUGUCUUAACUAGGGAUGGGCAGAGUGAUAGAAUUUGGUUGAUUGUCCAUCUCCAUUGUUUUUUUUGUCGUUUGACCAUUACAUUUUUUUCUCAAUAUAAUCUUUUAUAUACCUGUAAGAACAAUUAAACUUUAUUCCCAUAAAAUUACAGCUGUAGGAGUUUUAUAGAAACUAUUUCUUUUUCGAAUUUUUGAAUUUUAGAAUCAAUUCACGAUUUAUAAUUCUGCAACUUUAUUCUGGCUAUAUCUGAUCACAUUUGCACUGAAUUCUUAAAACUACAACUUGUGCUAUUUUUUUCCCACCACACUUUUACAGAGGAGUCGUUGAACAAUUAAUCAAUUAAUUGAUUGCUCAUUUUCCCAACCGUCAAUCAAUAAAAAGUCAUCAAAUGCCCAUCCCUGGUCUUAACUGAACAGUGCACACAGACCCACUCACCUGUUGCCUCACUGCAGCGCCGAGCCACGUGGUCGGUUUUGUCGCAUUUUGGGACGCUGACGCAGCAAAAGCAUGGUCUUGCACUUACAAACUUGUCUAGAUUGUAACACAAGACGCAUUGAAUGUAGUACACGCUGCGUUCCAAGGCUGGGAACGCACAAUCCCAAUGAACAACCACAACAAUGAAAAGCCAACGAAAACAUCGACCGACACAACACACACCAGGAUGAGCAUUGUUGCUGUUUAUCUGGAUCCACUGGUACUUCAAGACUGUAAAUAGUGUGACGUUAUGACAACAAAAAAACUUUAAGUUAAAUAACUUAUGCUGUUUUUACUGUACAUAGUUUGUCUUGGCGUGAUACAACAGAAGCACUAAUUAAGUUAUACGCUAACCACUUCUGGUUUGGCUUUGAUUCCCCCCCACCCCCUCCUUUUUUUGUGUUUUCAAAUAAUUUGAUAACCCUGAUGGGAGUAUUGUGAAAGCUGAUGCCACCAUUUUUUUAAUGCUGUAACUGCAAAUUUUACAAGAAAUUCAUACUUGACCUAAUUCAUACUUGGGUACAAAAGGCAUAUGCAAUAUUUACACGAUUCAAAUCUAGUUUACUUACCAAGGUGUACCAAAUGUACAAAUAUUGUCUAUUUGUUUAUAAAACUUAAAAUAAUGAGUUUCUUGAUUGUUGCGGCUUGUACGUGUUUUUUUCUUUUUCUUCAAAUUUGAAAUUUGCUAAUCAAGCCCAUUUGGUGUUUGAGCAGUGUUUUGCAUAUGGGUCGUGUAUCUUGAUGAAAGCAUCUAAAAAUGACUGUUGGGGGUGCCCGGCUGAUUUGCUGUGUUUUCCCCCGCCCACCCCACUGUAAAUAAUUCACUUCUUGCUUAUUAUUGUGAUGCGACGAAGAGAUGAUAAUUUAAACUUACGUCUUUGCUUUAGAUUGUAUUGGUUCUUUUUAGACACAUGGAAUAAAUAUUGAUAUUAUUUAAGAUGCCUGCUUAUGCUCUGUUUAUUGUUCUAUUUGGUCUCUGACAAAUAAAUACAUUACUUUGUUUAUCAUUGAAAUAAUUUCUUCGUUUCCUUGUAUCAUUGUUUCUCAUUUUAUCAAGACAUUUUGGAAAAUGUUAUGCUUCCAAUGUUAAAAUAUGAAUAAAAAAUUAAUAGAAA